AAAAGCUUCAUUUGUGUAUAAAAUAGAGUGUAAAAGUUCAUUUGUAAGCUAGUGUUUUGUUUAUAAACUUACAGUUUUUUGUUAUAAAACAGCUCAAAAACGAAACCUUUAGAAACUAUCCGGUUUGGCAAGAAUUGCAUUGGAAUAAUGAGCAUACCACUGAAGCACUUUAAAAAAGGCUCUGCCAAGCCGGUGCUGCCCGAGGAUGGCCUUUUGCGUCUCUACUGCAUGCACUUCUGCCCCUUCUCGCAACGUGUGCGUCUCCUGCUGGAUGCCAAGCAAAUACCGCAUCAUAAAAUCUACAUAGAUCUGAUCGAUAAGCCGGAAUGGUAUCGGGAAUACAGCCCGCUGGGCAAAGUGCCCGCCUUGCAGCUAACCCAUGUGGCGGGUCAGCCAGCGCUUGUGGAGUCUCUCAUCAUAGCCGCCUAUUUGGAUGAGCAAUAUCCGCAGCGACCGCUCUUUCCCACUGAUCCGCUGCAAAAGGCGCUGGACAAGAUUCUAAUUGAACGCUUUGCGUCCGUUGUGAGUGCCGUCUAUCCGGUGCUGACCUGCAACAAGAAUGCACCGGCGGAUGCGCUGGAGAACUUUGAGUCUGCGCUGGAUGUCUUCGAGCAGGAGCUAACUAAACGCGGCACGCCCUAUUUUGGUGGCCAGCAAAUUGGCAUUGUGGACUACAUGAUCUGGCCGUGGUUCGAGCGCAUACCCAGUCUCAAAUAUACCACGGAGCAGCACUACGAGCUAAAUCCCAAGCGAUAUGAACAACUGCUUAAAUGGUGUCAAUUGCUGGCACAGGAUGCGGUCGUUAAGCUAAGUGCUUUGGAUGCCCAGCUGCAUGCCAAGUUCCAGCAGUCGAAGCGGCUGGGCAAGCCCCAAUAUGAUGUCGGCUUUGAGGAUUAGCUCAAGAAAUUUAUUGAUGCUUUAAAUGUGAAUAAAGCUGCAGGCACUGCUCAGGCAUCCUUCACCAGAA